UUUGCAGACAUCGACCAUUCCUCAAGCAGGCUACAUUGAAAAAUGCAGAAUCUGACCGACCUUCCAGGCAAUGCCACCAACUCACAGAAGAGCCUAUCUGUGAUAAUCAAGGUGUGUGUGGUGAUCCCCUUCUUCUGCAUCUUCCUCUACUGCAUCGUGGUCAUGCUGCACACGUUCGCCUCCCACAGACAUUUCCUGGACAACUCCCGCUACAUCCUGUUUGCCUACAUGCUGAUCAACGACACUCUCCAGCUCCUCUCCUCUGUCCUGCUCUUCCUCUUCGUCAUGGGCAAUGUGAAGUUUGCCAUCGUCUACUGUGCACCUCUACUCUUCUUCUCCACCUCCACCUUCCAGAACACCCCUCUGAUCCUGGCAGCUAUGUCCCUGGAGCGCUAUGUGGCCAUCUUCUACCCUCUGCAGCGCCCGGCUGCCUGGCGCGCUGACCGUAUCUGGAUCAUCAUCCUGAGCCUGUGGCUGGUCAGCUGCAUCCUGCCCAUUGUGGACUUCUCUCUGGGAGAGCCUCAGCCUGGCAUGAACGUCCUCUCCACCCCGGUGCUCUGCAAAACCGUGGUCCUCAACGCAUCCCCCGUCCAGACACUGUUCAAGGUGUCGCUCAACGGUCUGUUCUUCGCUGUGGUGGCAGCCAUCAUCAUGUUCACCUACAUGAGGAUCCUGCUGGAGACCAGGAAGAUGCGUCAGGACCGGGCGUCGGUGGGCAAGGCCAUGCACACAGUGCUGCUCCACGGUUUUCAGCUGCUGCUGUGCAUGAUCGCCUUCACCCACCCGGUCACAGAGAGCCACAUCAGUAUGCAGGCCGGCUGGCUGCAAGAGCACAUCUCCUUCUUCAACUACUUCUGCUUCAUCCUACUGCCGCGCUUCCUCAGCCCGCUCAUCUACGGCCUGAGAGAUGAGUCCCUAAAGGGCUACAUGAGGAGAGCUGUCUUGUGCUGCUCACACAGACACAGGAUCAGCCCCAGAGCCCUGGCCACCAAGCCCAGGGUCAAAUGAACUGGUCCUGAAGCGGAGCCACUUGUCAAAUCAAUGUACAGACUAGUAGCCUGUAUAUGUUAGUUCAUUAAAAGAGUAUAACCUUGGCUGGAUGACAGCCAUUAUGUCAUUAUUAAGCUGGUGUCUUUUAAAAACGUAGAUUUGUUGGUUACUAUCUAACAAAACUGUGCAUUUUUCUUCAAACACAGAGGCUUGUUUGGAAUAGAAAAGAUUGCUUUAAAAUACUUUGAUAUAUACGCUACGCUAGAUGUCACUAUAAUUCCAUAUUUAUCAAGUGGUCCAAUUUGGGUCACCGCACUGGAUCAAUGUGCGCCCACAGGAAGACGUUCAGUUCCUUUCGCGAAAUUAAAACAUUGAUAGCUAAAGCAAUAAAGGUUCGAUUAUUUGAUAUUCAGAGUUAUUAUAAAGCAAUUUAACGAGACUAUUAUAUAAGUGGAAGACAGGGACUGGGCACAUUCAUGCAUCACAAUUCCAAAGUGCAAACUGUUGCAAUACAUUUAAGCAAAUACAGUUUUCCUAAACUA